AAGGGAAGAAGUAGAGGAGGAGGAGGAAACCUGGGGCUUCUUCUCUUCAGAGGCAUUUAACUGGCAGUUUAUGGAGGCUGCAGUUGUGGAAAAUGAAGAUCUGCUCUGUGGUCUUCGCUCUCCUGACUCGAGCACUGCUUGGAGAUUUGUGCUUGGCCAUCAACGUCACCAUCACCCCUUCCCCGUUCACCGUGGCCCAGGAGGGUCAAAAUAUCACACUCUCCUGUGUCGUGUCCCAGCGGCGCCGCAACGCUGCUUUACCGGUGGUGAAAUGGACCUUCCUGCCAGAGGGCACCGACCGCCCGGAGGACGAACUCCUCAUCGCCCGCGUCAACAUGAGAAAGGCCCGUUUCUAUGGUAACUACACAAAGAGUUUCCCGUGGCCUAAACUAAAGCUGACGGUGGUGAAGCAGGGGAAGAUAUUUGACCUGGUGAUCUUGAACGUGUCCGAGGGGGACCGGGGGCUCUACAUGUGCCGGGUGCAGGAGUUUAAAAAGCACCAGGACCGCUGGAAGGCCUCGUCAAACUGCACCGCCGCUACUGAGCUCAGAGUGCAUGUCCUACCACCCACAAAGGCCAAAGAAAGCCUGUGGAGCUUGUUAGAAGAUGUGUACCUGUGUGCAGCGCUGAUCUGCUCAGUGGGUUUGCUGUGUAUGUGCAUGUUCACGGUGACAGUGACCUGCCAGUACGUACAGAGGAAGCAGAGGUUAAAAGAUAAUUACCUCUUGGUGAAAAGCCCUCAGAACAGCUCAGGAGAGACAGUCACCAGUGUGGUCAAUGUGUCUCCUGCUCUGCCUAAAAAGGAAAGGAGAUACAGGAAGAAAAGGAGCAGAGACUACCAAGAGGAGAUACCACCAGAGAUACCAGCAAAAGCUCCCAUUGGAGACAAAACACGGAAACCCAAACUUUUAAAACCACAACCAAGAAAGGUAGUGUUGCCAAAGAUAGUGGAGGAGAACCUGACCUACGCUGAACUGGAUCUGGUGAAGCCAAUUCCGGAAACCAAGGCAUCGUGUAGCGGCACUGUGUACGCUCAGAUACUGUUUGGGGAGCAGCAGCUAUGAGAUAAACUUUCACCAAUAGUAACUGUGCCUUAUGCAAAAAGUAUUGUCUAUUUAUAAUAUGUGUUGUGUUGUAUUCAUAUGGUUUGUAAAGGGCAAAAUGUGUAAUGUUUCACAAUUAUGACAAUUGUACAUAUGGUUUUACAUGUUCUAUUAUAUUACUUCCUUUUAUAAGACCAAAAUGCAAAAGGAAAGGUUUUUUUAUACUAGAAUUUUUCAUAUAUUUCCUUUCUUUUGCACCCAUGUUUGAUUCCUGUGUAGCUUAAACUGGGAACACAAUAGAGCACUGGUGAUGAUUAAGACCAGAUUUGUCCAUUGUGACAACAGGAGCCAUUGGAGAUUUGAAUUUGCAGGCUAAUUUGAGCCCUCCCAUUUGCAUUAAACAGGUUUCAUCCUGAUAUCAGAAGGUUAAAUCCCGGUAGUGUGUGGCUA